GUCGUCUCCUACUUUUCUCUAGUUCUGAUACGGCCACGAGUGAGAACAAAAAACGACGCCCCAGAGAAUCAAGACAGAACUCACAGAAGAUCGAAGGAGCGAGCGAUCGAAGCAACAGAGGAGAAUUGAAGAAAGAAUUUAGAGAGAGAGAGAGAGAUGGAUAGGGUGUUCUCGGUGGGCGAUAUUUCCGACCAAUUUUGGCCGCCACCACCGGUGGCGUCGCCGCCGCCGCCUGCUCAUUCAUCGACGGCGCAACAAGGGGAGGAUUUCAAGAUGAACCGGAGCUCAUCCGAGUGGGCUUUUCAGAGGUUUCUUCAGGAGGCUUCUUCGGUCGCCGCAACUUCUCCGCCUUCUGCUACUGCAGCUUCGUCGGUUCCUCCGCCUUUCUCUUCUGCCAAAACUUCAGAGAGACCUGCUGUUGGAGGUGAUGAUGAAGUGGUUGAGAUCGAGAAGUCUCAACCUCCCCCGACGCUUUCCGAUCCCUCUCCCAGUGUACCGAUUGAUUCCGAGGAGUACCAGGCAUAUCUUAAGAGCCGUCUUAAUCUUGCCUGCGCUGCUGUGGCCUUGUCUCGGGCAUCUUCUGCAAAACCUCAAGACUGUGCUCUUUUAGCAGAGGGUGCAUCACAGGCUUCAGAUGCUUCACAAUUGGGAUCUCAAGCCCCUGGUAUAGGACCUGGAUAUGGAUUGCCCAAGGCUCAAGAUAAGGCUGGUGGACCGGCUGGAAUUUCAGUCUCACCUGCUAUGCAAAAAAAAUCGAGCGCUCAGACUAUGCCAACAACAAGUGGGUCAUCAAGAGAGCAGUCAGAUGAUGAUGAGAUUGAAGGGGAAACAGAAAUAACUGAGAAUAUGGAUCCUGCUGAUGUGAAGCGUGUAAGGAGGAUGCUAUCAAAUAGAGAGUCAGCUAGACGCUCCAGAAGAAGAAAACAAGCACAUAUGAAUGAGCUUGAGACUCAGGUUUCACAAUUGAGAGUUGAGAAUUCUUCAUUAUUGAAGCGUCUCACAGACAUAAGUCAGAAGUACAAUGAAGCUGCUGUUGACAAUAGAGUUCUUAAGGCAGAUGUUGAAACACUGCGGGCAAAGGUAAAGAUGGCUGAAGAUACAGUAAAGAGAGUAACAGGAUUUAAUCCAUUUCUCCAGGCCAUGUCUGCUGACAUAGGCAACAUUGCCAUGGCAUUUUCUGGCAGUCCAUCUGAUGCAUCUCCAGAUGCUGCUGUCCCUGUGCAAGAUGACCCUAACCAGCACUUCUAUCAACCUUCUCCUAGUGCUCCUACUGGCACUCCACAUGAUCAGAGAUUGAACAAUGGCUUGCCUGAUGUUCCUCCAGUUGCCCCAGGUGAUGAUGUGCAGAAUGUCAACGGCGGAACAAAGAUGGUCCGGACAUCUUCCAUGCAGCGGGUGGCCAGCUUAGAACAUCUGCAGAAAAGGAUCCGUGGGAGUACUAGUCCUUAUGGACCUGUUCAGUGGGAUGGGGGUUGGGACCUGGAAAACCAACAUGCAGUGGAAAGCAGUAACAAGCAGAAUCAAAUUUGAUGCUUUUGCAGCUUAGAAGACAUGUUGCAGUAUUAUUGGCAACAUGCAUUCAAGAAUUUCCAUUGUUUCUGUUGAGUUGCAAUUUCAUGCUGCAUUUCUUACCCUCCUAUAUAAUGUCUGUGGGAUCUUUUAUUUAAUGCACCAGACGGUGGUGUUGUUUACAAUUAACAGUGUUCUAAGGCCCAAUUCCACUUUUUUGAAUGUGGGUAACUUGACAUUGCACCAUCUUAAUGAGAUUGUUUAUUUUUGCAUA